GAAGGAAACAUUUGAACAUCUGGUCUCGGGCCGGGGGAGAUCUUGGGCGGGGAUCCGAGGAGGGGCGGGGGGUGUCUGUGGGCGGGACCUCCCGGGAUUGGAGUGAAGGGGUCUCUGCUUGACAGUGGAUCCCCGGGGAUCUACACCGAGUUCGGAGAUGCGCAAGCUCCGGCCGCCUCUGUCUGAGCGGAGCUUUGCGGAGCCGAAGCUCACAGAGGGAGGAGAAGCCUCGCGCGGCGUCUGAUUGGAGGAACUGCGCUGCUGCAGCCUGGGAUCCCCCAGGGACCCCCCCGGAGCCGCUGCUUCCCCCAUGGACUUGCCCGGGGACUCCAGCCCACCUGGCCAGCCGCGUCUAUGCCGCCAGCCUCUGACUCGAGCCUUAUGGAGAGCCAGGAGCCCAAAACGACCGAGGUUGCAGCCCCAGGGGGUCCCUUCUCCCCUGGAAAAGGCCUCUCGGCGGGUCCUGACCGUGGUGCUGGAAGAUGUCAUGGCUGCCCACAUGGUCCCCCUUGUGCCCCAAGAGGAGACCACCAUCCCACGGUGCCACAGCUACCGUCAGGAUUCCGUCCACAGCCAGCUGCCUGCUUUGCCACCCAGGCAGGCCACGUGGUCCUCGAAGGCCAGGCCUCCUGACCCACUGCAUUUGUGCAGAGAGCCCUUGAGCCGAAUUCACAGGCCCUCUUGCACACUGAGGAGGCGAUCUAGGACAACCCGUGGCCCAGAGGAGGAUCCUUCACGAAAGGUGGACUGGGCCACCCAGCCCACCCUGGUAGUGAUGCUGGAAGACAUUGCCAGUCCCAGACCCUCAGCUGAGGGCUUCAUCGAUGAGACUCCCAACUUCAUCAUCCCAGCACAAAGAACUGAGCCUGUGACAAUGGUUCACCAGCCAAUGCCUCCAUCCGGGGACCUAGAACCCCCAUGCCAGCCACCCACCCUGCCUACAGACCGUCCGGAGAGCCCACCACCAGCCCCAGAUCCUGCUCUGGAGCUCCCAUCCACCCCACCACCGUCCAGCCUUUUACGCCCCCGCCUCAGUCCCUGGGGCUUGGCUCCCCUCUUCCGUUCCGUCCGCUCCAAGUUGGAGAGCUUUGCUGACAUCUUUCUCACACCCAACAAAGCCCCACGGCCCCCGCCCCCCUCACCCCCCAUGAAGCUGGAGUUGAAGAUCGCCAUCUCAGAGGCCGAGCAGUCUGGGGCUGCUGAGGGCACUGCAUCUGUCAGCCCCCGGCCCCCUAUCCGCCAGUGGCGGGCUCAGGACCACAAUGCCCCAGCACCUGUCCCUAAGCCUUCUCUGGGCCGAAGUCACUCCUGCCCUGACCUGGGGCCCCCUGGCCCAGGUACCUGCACUUGGCCAUCUGCUCCACCCCAACCAAGCCGGCCACGGCCACGGCGGCACACUGUGGGUGGUGGGGAAAUGGCCCGAGCCCCACCACCCUCUCGGCCCUGUCUCCGGAAAGAGGUCUUCCCUCUCGGAGGAGUGGGAGCCUCCCCUUCUCUCGCCACAUCUUGCUCGUCCACGGCAUCCACUUCCUCCUUCUCCGAACCAGCAGAACCCAGGUUGGGUUCAACCAAGGGGAAGGAGCCACGAGUCUCCAAGGACCAGGUGCUUUCAGGCCCUGAGACCAAGACCAUGGGAAAGGUUUCCCGAUUCAGAAUACGCAGGACACCAGCUCGUGCUCGGCUAAACCUUACACCAAUGGGGCUGCCUCGACCAGUCAGGUUGAACAAGAAGGAGUUCAGCUUGGAAGAAAUUUACACCAACAAGAAUUACCAAUCACCCACAACCAGGAGAGCCUUUGAGACUAUUUUCGAGGAACCUCGGGAGCACAAUGGAACUUUGGUUUUCACCAGCUCAAGGAAGCUCCGGCGGGCUGUAGAAUUUCGGGACAGCAGCCUUCCUCGAUCCCGGAGGCCAUCCCGUGGGGCCCGGGCUGCAGCUGGCAGGAUCGUUACUCCCAACCUGGCCCCCAGCCCAGAUGUGGGACACCUGCUGCAGCGGCGACUGGAAGAGCUAGAUGCCUUACUCCUGGAGGAGGAAAACGACGAUGGGGAGCAGCCCCAUCGGACCUAGGCACUCCAUCUAUUUGUCCAUCUAUGCUGAAGGGAGGGGAAACUGUUGAGGCUGUUUUCUUUUCUUCUAUUUUUUUUUUAAUUUCCCACCUCGCGCCUCCCCUCUAUAUUUCUAGUAAAGUUUUCGAUAUGUUUCUGAUUCUUUUGCAUCUCCA